AUGCACGACACGGACGGUCGGCUCCACGCCAACGGCCUCCGAUCUGACCUGAUUCUGCCCCAAAUCCCCGCCCUGCACCCCGACGGCCUCUCUCGCUCUCUCGCCGACGCAAAUCCUCACGCCGUUCUCCUACCCUCGCCCCUUCCCCACAUCCCGAGGCAUCCCCCCAAGCCUCCACCCCGCAAGCCCUCUAGGCGUCCUUCCACAGCCUCCUCCGCAGAGGACAAGUACAACAUCCUUCCUCCCGUCCAAGGCAUGGGCGAUGUCUCGCCCUCAGCCUGCUCUCCGCUCUCCGACUCCUCCAGCUAUGGCGGUAGGGCGUGGUCCACCAGCUCCCGCGGCCACCAGUCCUCCGUGUCCGCGCCGAUCGACGACGCAGCACUGCAGGAGAUGAACAAGAGAGCGCACGCCGCCGUAGCAGGUCUCCGCGCAGAAGCGUCCCGUCUCUCAGGCCUAG